AUGAAGCGCGAUUUUUUCAAAUCCGCCGGAUUUCUGAUUGUGUUCGCGUCUUUAGUGCAAAGGACGUGCACGCAAGAUUUAAUGUGCUGUUCUCAGGCAACUGGAUCCUGUCGAAGCAUUUGUGAAAAGAUAUCUUUAGUCCAAUUGGCUGCCGACGUGGAAUUGAGAAAUCACACCGUUUCCGAAGUUCAGAAAUUCUGCUCCAUACACCUGACUUCGUUUUGGGAGUGCUUGAACGCCACGUUCAAAGAUAUAUCGAGGGGGGAUUCUUGGUCGGGGAGGAUCUGCUGCGGGUUGCCGCACAGCGAAAGCUGCCGCAAAGCCUGCGUGACCGCCACUUCGAGCUUGGAUUUAACCAACGGUUGCAGGCAGAGCGAUGAAAUAGCCUUUUUCAGCUGUCUGGAGAGGCAGGAAGCGGCUGCUGAUUGUUGUAACAACGCGAGGACCGAAGACUGCAACGCCGUCUGCGUGGAUUUAUUCCGAAACCAAUUGGUGCCUUCCAAACUCCAGAAGCAGAAAGUUAAGGAGUACUGCGAGAACGAUAAUCCCAGGGUGACCGAUUGCGUGAAGGAUCUGGUGAAGGUAACGCCGGUGAAAAGCACGCACAAACACAUCCAUUGUUGCGAAAAAUCGAACGUUAUCAAAUGCAGAGAGUCCUGCAAGAAGGUGCUGUCGACGAAGAAUACAAUACAAGAAAUCCUCGAUGGUCUCGCUCAAGGAGGAUGCGGUUUACCCAUGCCACAAGAAUAUUUUUGGCAGUGCUUCCUUCGCUCCGAUUCCGCCGGGCCGCUAUCGAAUUCCGUAAGAGUCUCCAGUAUAGAUCGCGUGGGAAUCGACAGCGCCAAAUGGCAUUGCUGUCACAAGGCCAAUUCCCCUCAAUGCGCCCGGUUGUGCUCCAAGACCUUCACGAAAUUCUGGUCGAAAUUCUGGGACGAAUUCCGGCACAAGUGCCUCAGCCAGAUCUCCGAGGAAGGCCUCAGGUCGUGCAUCGACGAAGUUGAUGAACCGUGUGAGCUCGGUUGCGAUGGGCUGAGCUUCUGUACCAACUUCAACAACAAACCUACCGAAUUAUUCAGGUCUUGUAACGCUCAAGCCGAUGAGGCUGCAAGAAACGACGUGGCUCUUUGGCAAACGCAACACAACAUUUCCUUAGCCGAAGGUCUAACGUUACCGCUCAAAACCACGUCGAAAUGCUCCCAGAACAUCUGGAAAGCCGUCGCUUGUACGCUGCAAAUCAAACCGUGCUCGAGGAUAUCGCACGCCAACCAGAUCUGCAGGGACGUCUGCCUGGAGAUCCUCACGCAAUGCGUGGAUUGGACCCGGGUGUCGCCCGUCCAUUCGCCCGAAUCCGUCUGCGAGAGCAUCUCCCCGGACGAUCCGAACGGCUCCUGCGUCCGGCUGCAGACCUACCUGAACCCGUCGUCCUACAAAUCCUCGCGGAUCACCGGCGAGGUAAUCAGCCCUUGCAAGGGAAACCCCUGCGAACCGCACGAGGUCUGCACGAUAAACCGGAACUGCUUGCACGGGAUGAAUUGCAAGCCGUACAAUUGCCAACCAGGGUGUAAAUUAGGUGAAGUAUCCCAAUAUAUGGUCCCUCACGGAACAUACGUCUGGAUCCCUACACCGAACAGCUCCGAAGGGUGCGUGCGAAUUUGCAAAUGCAACGGCAACAAAAUCGACGAAUGCCUGCGAUUGCUGUGCUUCUCUCUAACCUCCUGCCUGCUGGGCAACACCCAGGAACUCCACGGUUCGGUCUUCGCCAUCGAGUGCAACAAAUGCAGCUGCUACGCCGGCGAGACGAUCUGCAGCAGGAAGCAAUGCGAGAGCACGAGCUUGAGCGGCAGGAAUACCGGUUACACCACGUUACCGUGCAACUGCCCGCCGCAUUACGUGCCGGUUUGCGGCCGCAACGGCGUCACUUACCCCUCUACCUGUCUGGCAAAGUGCGCGGACCUGCAAGACUCCGACAUCGAAUACUAUCCGUGUCAAGAUCCUUGUAAAACCAAUACGUGUCCGGUAGGUCAGAAGUGCGUUCCCAAUUCCCAAGUUUGCUUGACUCUUAUGCACAAACCGUGCAAGCAGUACGAAUGCAUAAACGGGUCGUCGAAUUGUUCGCAUCUACCGUUGGACCCGGUUUGCGAUGUGGAUAACCAAGAGUACGAAAAUUCCUGUCUUCUCGCCCAUCAUAAUGCGAAAUUGGCCUACAGAGGACCUUGUUUGCCUAAAUGCAAUUACAGAUCGCAAGUUUGCGGGAUCAAUGGGAAGACUUACGUGUCAGAAUGCGCUGCCAUUGCUGAUAUGGUUUCCGUAGAUUACCAAGGACCUUGCACAGCUAUGGGAUUAAUCGGUAACGUUAAAGCGAAACAAUGCCAUGGGGUAAAGUGUCCUGAAUUGAAAAAUCCGAAUUGCAUAGGUAUCACUCCUCCUGGUGCUUGUUGUCCAAUAUGCGGUGGAGCUCUUCGCCUGCUGUAUUCAAGGAAACAAAUCGACAGAGCGUUGUUUGUUAUCCAAAGCCAAACCACCAAACCUCUAAACCUCUACUCAAUGCUGAAGGCUCUAGAGCGGCAAAUACAAGUAGCUCAAUGCUCGCUUAAAGGCUACCUUACAGUGGAGCAGGACAUUUUCGUAGCAGUACAUAGUACUGAGAGGAAACCUUCAGAGGUGCAAUUGGAAGCUUGCAUAAGAGAAGCGGAGAAAAUCGCGAGUCUAAUUAACAUCCAGAGUUCGAGGAUAAUCAGCGAAUUGAGCCUCAGUUCUCUAACGGCUGCGACGAUUGUUCACACGCAGGUUAGCUCUUCAGCAGGAGUUAAUUUCGAGGCUUCAAUGGCGGUUUUCGUGGUGUUGGUGUGCGUUAGGGUGUUGCGAUGA